AUGUCUUCCGAAGCACAGCCCAUAAACCCAGCACGCUUCGCCGAAGCAUUAAAAGACUUAUCCGCUGAGAAUCUCGCCCUUAAAGUCUUCGAGCUACGUAAUUCGAUAGCCCAUCUAGAUUACUCCAAUGCUGAACUUAAGCCCUAUGCCGAAGGGCGAGUGCCGACUCUAGAUCAGCAGGACAAUACUACGGAGCCAGACCAAGAUUGUAUCGACGCCAUCGCAGAGAAUGAGGCUGUCAUCGCGCGCAUGCAAGAGCGCAUCGAGUUGAUACGCACCGAAGUUGAGGGCCGCGGACUUAGCUGGCGCGAACUCCAAGGGAAGGUCGACGAUGAGUAUGUUACUCCCGCCGCAACCGAUAACGCCAACGCAGAGACCGGCAACUUGACAAACGGAGUAAAUGGUCAUGGAGUAAACGGAGAAACCCAACACCCAGCAUGGCGAGAUGGCACGUUCCAAACGGGAACGCUAAGUCAACUAGGAGAUGAAGAGCGGGAACUUCUACGGCAGCUCCAAAGUCGAAUGCCGCCUGAAGAUGACGAGGACCCCGAAGGUGGCAUGCAUCUAUGA